AUGGCUCAGGUAAGAACCCCUUUGAAUAGGGGACAUUGUCUAUCAAUCCCCACCCCGUCCAAAAUACCUUCCCUUUGAUUGUUUCCCUUUGACUGUUUUUUCAACAUAAGAAUUGCCACUUGACUUGCUGACUGCCAUACACUGCUAUCUCUGGCUGCAAGCCAACGUGCAGUUUAGGAGCAAAAUGUCAUUGAAAACAGUGAGACUUACUUCUGAGUAAGAAUACUUAGGAUAGUUUUGUCUCUAGAUCAGAGCUUUCCAAACAGCAUGUUGCGACACAUUCGUGCGUUGGCUGCAGUGUGUCGGUGUUUUCACAUGAAUGCUGCCUGCGCUCCUCCUGGGCUGGAAAGGGGUUAGUUUAACCUCCGGUUUGCUAGUGAAACUGAAUUACUGUGUCACAAAAUGCUGCGUGUAUAAAAAGUGUUUCACCAGCAUGAAAAGUUUGGAAAGCUCUGCUUUAGCUCCUUCCCCUGCCUUGCAAGUCUGACUUAGAAAACCGUGAAUAAUCACAGGGUCCAAAGGUUGAAAAAUUCAUCUACUUGUGGGGGAAGAGAGGGAUGCUCCUGCAAGCCAUGGAUACUAAGUUUCUUGCAAAAAGAGAGCUCUGUACUGCUUAUAUGACUGUAAUUUUAUGUAAGUUUUCUUGACUUAAAUAUUUUUAUUUAAGUUAGCUUGACUUUCAUUUUUAUACUUUACUUUAUUAUGCAAUAUUUGAACUGAUUUUUGUUUCUGCCUUUGGCUCGUUAUAAAAUCAAUAAACAUUUCGUCUACUUGCACUGGCUUGCUGAUUGGAAGGACAGCAGUUCAAAUCCCUGUGAGCUCCCAUUGGUCUGUCCCAGUUUCUGCCAACCUAGCAGUUUGAAAGCACGCCAGUGCAAGUAGAUAAAUGGGCACUGCUGCAGCAGGAAAGUAAAUGGCGUUUCCAUGUGCUCUGCUUUGUGUCACGGUGUUCCAUUGUGCCAGAAGCGGUUUAGUCAUGCUGGCCACAUGAUCCGGAAAGCUAUCUUGUGGACCUUCCCAUUGCAGUGGUACUUAUUUAUCUGUUUGCACUGGCAUGCUAUCAAACAGGAUACUGCUAGCAGCAGUAAAGGUUUCAUAAAAUGAACCAUGGACGGGGGAGAAGGGAAGUCAAUGGAAAAUGUAUGGUUUGUAUUUUGGCUUAAUAUUAUGUGCAAAUUUGUAAAAUUGAAAAUGAUAAAUACAAUAAAAAAUAUAACGAUGCCACAGAGUGAGGUCUGGGAUAAAUAUUUGUCCUCUAGACAUGGUUGGAUUCGAACUCCCAUCAACCCUAGCAACUAUAGCUAAUGUCCUGGGGUUAUGGGAGUUGUGGUGCAGCAACAUCCGGAAGGCCACAAGUUCUCUAUCCCUGAGCUACAGUAUAAAAGAAAAGGCUGCCUCUGUGGCUGUGAUCCUAUGUAUUUUGGAGUGUGUUUCAUUGAAGCUAGUGGGACUUACUUCUGAGUAAACUUGCACAGCUGUUUAGCCAAGGAAAACAUGGGCUCACUUUCUUCUUGCAGAGCCCAAAGCCUGGAGACCAGAUUGAGAUUUAUCGAUUGGGUUACCAACACUGGGCUAUCUACGUAGGCGAUGGAUAUGUGGUUCACCUGACUGCUGCAGGUAAGAGCUUCUCAUUAUUUCCUAGAAAGGGUGGUUUUAUGAGAGGAAAGAAUAAGAUAGAGAUCAUUGGCAGAUUACCCCUGAAGAAACACAGCCCUUAAGGUGGGAGGUUCCCCACCACUGGCUUAGGGACUAAUUGUUGCUGGAAGUUCUAUGUCCUGAUACUUGCAAUUGUUGUAAGCCAGUUAGAGGACUGCUUUGUAGCCAAGAGAUUGCAUUCUGGUUGGUUGUAAGUUGUUUUGGGUUGCCUUGGGCAAGAUAAGAGUGACUAACAAAUUUUUAAAAAAUAAUAGUAUUUGUCAAAACAACAACAACUGAUGUCUUCUUGAAGACAAUGUUGUUGAUGAAAUGCAGGGAAUCCACGCCUAAUGGUCACUGUUUCUGAGUUUCUUUUCUCUCUCUGUUCUUGAGAUGAGGGUAUAGGAAGUUCUCCCUCUAUUCGCCUGUCUGCCAACACAAAAAAGUCAGUGGUGAAGAAAGAAAAGCUUUCAGAAGUGGCUGGGAUAAACAAGUGGAAGGUCAACAACGAGAAGGACAGAAAAUAUAAAGCCAGGCCUGUAAGCGAAAUAAUUAGCACUGCAAAUGAAUAUGUUGGGAUGGAGAUAGACUACAAUGUGGUCAUGCAGAACUGUGAACAUUUUGCUGCCAUACUACGAUAUGGCCAACCAUACAGUAGACAGGUGUGUAGAAUUCAUUCAUGUUUUCGUAAUGGCAAUCUGUGCUGUGAUAUUGAAAUUCAUUCUUAAUUCCUGAUCCUGGAAAAAUGAAGUGAGAUUAAGAAGCAGGUAAUUUAAUUUAUUUUUAUGUGGAUUUAAUUUCUAACCCCCAUUUACAAAGAUGGGGAAGAGAACGGAACAUUUACUUGGAGUAUGUUGAAGUACUGCAAACCAGAACAACAAAAAAAUAGAUAUCAUAACAUUUAAAAAUAACUUCAGUUCAUACAUUCAAAUUGUCUGAAGUGACAAAUGAGAAGAUUAAAAACUCCGAACUCAGGUUUCCAAAUUAAUGACAGGCUUGUACCCUGAUGAAAAAUGUUGGGUCUCUAUUCCUUUAAUAUUUUUCACCACAGAACUCAGAUUUUUGCACCAAAGCAUGUUCUGUUACUUGGAAUUAAUUUUUAAAGCAUAUUUUAAACCCAGAGUUAAUUGUCUUGGAAUCUGAGAGUUUCAAAUCUGGCUAUUUUCUGUCGCCAAAAGAAACAUUUAAAGCAAUGUUUCAUAUCAACUCUGUUGUGAGAAAUGAAGGACCAUCGGUCACUGUGAAUAAAAAUGCUUAAACCUCUUAUUUUUUGCAGGCGGAAGUCGGUCUCUGGGCGACAUUCGCUGCUACUGCAGGAGCUGUGGUCACGGGUGCAAGCUUGGUAGCAGCUGCAAUCAUUGGUAAACGCCAUUAG